GCCUGUCCUCCGACUCCGCUUCCACUCGGACUGGCCUGCAUGUCAUCUGCUUUACCUGCUUGACUAGUACUCUAGCCUGACCCAGGGUAUCUUGUGCAGUAAAAGCGAGGAACGUCUGCUGUAUAUUCUGGCGAGAUGCCCCAUCGUCACCGAUACAGAGGCCACCGAGCGGACUCAUUCAAAGCAUCCGACGUAAACGAGCUUAUCGAGCUCCGUGCGCGACACCGCACCUUCGACGGUGCAUACAGGCGCACCGCGCUCGGGAAUCUUGGUUAUGCAUUGGCCGUGCUCAGACUCUUCGACCGGCGAUUCUAUCGAAUUGGGCUGCUUUACACGAUUUUGUCGGGACUCCUCUUUGGUAUCUCGUUCAUGCGAGCUAGACACUCGAAGCAUGACUUCGCCGACAACCACAUGCCAUACGUCGACUGGGACGAGGUGACGUCAGGGAGAGCUCAGGAAAUAUCGGGUUCUGGACACAAUUACGCUAUCGUCACCCGCGGGCAGGAGAAUACACGAGUAUAUGGGAGGCCAUUCGUGACCGCGGGAUGGAUAGUCCUCGCCGUGGCUGGUGUGGUGGCAGCUGUAGAAAUCGCCCUGUUCAUUCUAGUACUCAAACUUUAGAGCUGGCUUUUUUGCCAUAACCCACCGGUUGUUGCAUGAUACUUGCGAGGUCCUCCGUAAAUUGUAAUGCAUAAUGAUACAGAACGCUGUACUCGAUCCAUAAUCCAACGUUGCGUGUCAAGCGCCCAUGUCGUGAAGUUUCCCCGAGAAUGUUG